AUGGUGAAUAAAGCAAUUGCCUUGUACCUGCUGGGAGUUGGGGCCACUCUUGUCAGCGCGACAGAGAGCACCGUGACCGUCACGACGACCAAGACGGAGACAGUCACCGCCUGUGCUUCGUCCUGCUAUUCAGUCUUGACUAGCUGCACCUCAACUGUGUCUUUGACUUCGUCCGCCUUGUCUACUAUAUCCACUGAGACCACGUCUACCGCUGCUACUUCCACUCAGAGUUCCAUCUCUGGAACAAGCUCUUCUCAGUCGACGUACUCUGUCCCAUCGACAUCCUUGAGCACGUAUCAAACCAAUACAGCGAUAGCAUCAAUUGAAAUUUCCCAGUCUACCACUUCUACCGCUUCUGUGGUUACUGAUAGUCUCAUCUCGAGUCAGAGCCCUGGCACUUCCACCAGUUCUGGCACCGCUUCAACCCCAACAGAGACCCAUGCAUCCACGGAAAGUGUUGUUUCUUCAUCUGCAGCCACUACAUCCACCACUUCUGGUGCAGAGUCAAGCCAGCUCCCCAGUACCUCUACCCUCUCUACUACAAAGUCAUGCUCUCACCCCUAUGGCUGUGAAUAUCCCACCAGCACCGGGAGCACAGAGUCAUCUGCCCUUGCUGGCACCGCAUCAUCUACUGUACCGUAUUCCACGCUUGCUUCUUCCUUUUCUACGACUUCACCUUCUGGUCGGGAGACCACUUUCGUAUUCCCAACUACAACCCAGGAGCGAGCUCCUCCGGAAUCAUCCGAGAGCACGACAGAGACGACAUUAGAGUCGACCCUUACUCAGACUGUAACUUUUACAAAAAGCUCAAAGUCUCAAGCCUCGAGCCAGACCUCGACGAAGACUACAGAAACAUCUUCCAGGUCUACAGUGACAGGCUACAGUACUGAAUCUGCUUCAAGCACUUCCGCCACUUCCACUGCAGAGACUACAUCUUCAUCUCUUACAGAGACUGUUUCUACAUCCUCUACCGAAACUGGCUCCAAGACCUCCACAGAGACUCCUUCCAAGUCCUCUACAGAGAGUGGUUACUCCACAGGCUCCCUCACAAAAUCCAGCACCACCCCCUCUACAGAAUCUCCAUCCACCUCUUCAGCAACGACCGCCACACAAUCUUCACAAACCGCAUCCACGACUCCAUCAAACGCCUCCACCAAAUACACCUCCACCCCAUCUAAAACCCUCUCAUCCUCAUCCAUCGCCACAGGCUCAACAGCUUCCUCCGCUUUAGCCGCAACUACCACGAAGAACAGCUACAGCUCCCUGUACACGCCCUGUUCGGAAUCAUCGCUGAGCCGUUCUCGCGUUUAUACGCUCACCAAUUCUUCUACUUUUGCAACAAGCUAUUACCCGAGCACUGGAACGGGAUAUUCCACCACUCGACCGAAAGCGUCGAGCACUAGCUCCUCUUCAGCCCAAAGCUCAAUUGUUACAGUCGAGUCUACUGCUGUGCCGGUUACUGCUUCGACUUUGACGAGCAGCACGUACUAUUCUGUUCCAUCUGGUCAGGCAUCCACUUCUUCAUCAUCAACGUCUUCUUCUUCCUCUUCUUUGUCUUCAUCGAUUCCUUCCUCCUCUUCUUCUGUAUAUUCAUCUUCUUCACUUUCAUCAACAACCCCAACUGCUUCAACUUCAUCAACCUCCACCUCCACCAUAUCAUACGCAUCCUCCGCCAACGCCGCCACGCAGCCCGCAACCACCUCUUCAUCUUCCACCGCCACAACUUUCUACACCACCACAACUUCAACUUCCUCGUCUGCUCCUUCCACUCCGCCAUCCUACGGCCCGCCGUCUUAUGAUCUCCCGUCGUAUGGACCACCGCCAUCGUACGGUGUUAGAGGCCGUAGGGUAUGGUAA